AUGUCUUCAUCAUCGAAAACUUCAUUAAAAUUAGUUAUUGAUACCGAUCCUGGUAUUGAUGAUUGUCAUGCAAUAAUGAUGGCUCUAUCAUAUCCAAAUGUCGAAAUUCUUGGUAUAAGUAUUGUCACUGGAAAUUCAUCAUUAGUUAAUGGUAUUCGUAAUAUUCAUUAUCUUUUACAUACAUUUAAUCGAAAAGAUAUUCCUGUUUUUCGUGGAGCUGAUCGAGCACUUGAUGGUCGUCAAAAAUAUGCUCCACAUGUUCAUGGUGAAGAUGGUUUUGGUAAUGUAACAAAAGAUAAACAAAUUGAUUUAGAUUUAUUAAGUAAUGAACCAGCAGGUGUAGCUCUUGUACGUUUAGCACGAGAAUAUCGUGGUGAACUUGUUAUAGCUGCUAUAGGACCAUUAACAAAUUUAUUUCUUGCACAUCGACUUGAUCCAGAAUUUAGUCAAAAUUUAAAAUAUCUUUAUAUAAUGGGUGGAAAUUGUACAGUACCACGAUAUGAUACACUUUCAAUUGGUAUUGAAUUUAAUUUUGCUUGUGAUCCAUUAGCUGCUUCAAGAGUUCUUGAAGAAUUUCAAACAAUAUUAAGAAUAAUAACAUUUGAAUUAACAUGUAUGGCAACAAUAUCAUUUGAUAUGCUUGAUAAAGAAAUGCUUUCAUUAAAAGAAAAUCUAAAUAAUCAAAAAGCUCGUCUAUUUGCUGAUGUUUCUCAAUUUUUUAUUGAUUUUACAAAAGUAUCAGAAAGUAAUCCUGAACUUUAUACAGGAUUAAAUUCAUGUGAUGCUGUUUGUAUGGCUUGUGUAUUAGAUGAAUCAAUUAUAGAAGAAAGAAAACAUGUUUAUGCAUGUGUUGAACCAUUUGGAAAAUUAGCUUCUGGUCAUAUGAUAUCCGAUUGGUAUGGUCAUUUUAAACGUGAAUCUAAUGUUGAAAUUAUUACAAAUAUUAAUAAAGAAAAAUUUCUUCAACUUUUUCGAUUAUGUGUUCAAGAAUAA